AUGGUUGAUUCCAAGGGCUUUUCGAGUACAGCAGUCGUCAUUAUCGGAGCUGGGAUAUCUGGCCUCUGCGCUGCUGUCGACUUGAUCAAACGCAAUAACUGUAGGGACUUCGUUAUAUUAGAGAAAUCUGCUGAUCUUGGAGGUACUUGGUAUGAUAACAUUUACCCGGGGUGCGGUUGUGACGUGGAGUGCGUCCUCUACAGCUACACUUUUGCUCAGAACAGCGCUUGGACGCGCCUUUUUCCAGAACAAAAAGAGAUUUUAUCUUACCUUAUCAAUGUAGCGCGAGAGUAUAAACUAUACCAGCAUAUUUUCUUCAAAGCAAACGUUGAAGAGGCAGCGUGGGAUGACGAUCUGAAGAAAUGGAGGACCAGGUUUACGAUUGCUGCAGAUGUUCAGGACUCACAGAAGGAAUCUUUGAACGAAAUUGAGAGUUUGUUUUUGAUUAGUGCAGUUGGCCAGCUGAGCCAACCACAAUGGCCAGGAAUUGAAGGAUUAGAGACUUUCGAUGGAAAGGUAAUGCAUAGUGCUAGAUGGGACUGGUCUUACGACAUGGCAAACAAAAAUAUUGCCAUCAUCGGAACUGGGUGUAGCGGGGUUCAGCUUCUCCCUGAGAUCGCAAAAGUGGCGGGGAAAGUUACCGUUUUCCAAAGGUCCCCUAAUUGGAUAUUCCCUCGCCUUGACAAGCCUAUCUCGCGAUUCACACGCAUGCUGUAUCGUUUUAUGCCACCCUUGCUAUGGCACCUCCGACUGAAACAGAUGAUUUCCAAUGAAGGUCAACAUUCAGCACUAGUUGAUCCUGAAGGAAAGCAUGCCGGGAUGUUCAGGCAGAUGGCCUUAGCCUACAUGCGUAGCCAGCUACCAAACAAAUCUGAUAUGUGGGAGAAGUUGACUCCAAGCUAUUCCUUCGGUUGCAAACGCCCUAUUGUCUCUGACGACUUCUAUCAGACACUGAGUCUUGCACAUAUCAAUCUCGAGACUAGGCCAAUUAAGAGCAUCAGUGGACACAAUAUCACAGUUUCUAGUGCUGAAAGUCAACAUCAAGAACAUGAUAUUUGUUACGACCUGAUCAUCUGUGCCACUGGUUUUAAAACUGUGGACUUCAUGCACCCAAUCUUGAUCUACGGAAAGAACAAGCGACCUUUGCGAGAUGUCUGGAAGGAUGGAGCCAGGGCGUAUCUGGGGACAUGUGUCGAUGAUAUGCCAAACUUUGCAAUGUUGUUUGGUCCAAACACGAGUAUUGUACACAACAGUAUAAUUCUUCAAAUCGAGUCUCAAAGCCGGUAUAUCAACGGAUUGAUCCGACCAAUCCUGGAAGCACAAGCGCUUGGACAAUCGCUUAUUCUAUCCCCAAAAAGAGAGAAGUUGGAUGAAUAUAAUAGGGCGAUACAAGGAAAACUGCAAAAGAUGAGCUUUAAUGACACUCGCUGCAGGAGCUGGUAUAAGACCGCAUCUGGGCUCAUCACCAACGCAUGGCCUGGUGGUGUUCUGGACUACCAAAUACUGCUCCAACAGGUGAUGUAUGACGAUUAUGAAAUAGAAGGCUCGGGAAAAAGCAUUGUGCUGCAACGGCCCGUGUGUGAUGUUGGCUCUCCGGUCUUUGAGUUACAAGUUCGCAAUUACAGAUCAUUGGCAAUCAGCACGAUUAGCGCGGCUGCCGUAAUAACUGUGAUUCUAUAUUCAUCAAUUAUGCAACCCGGGAGAGUGUUCUGA